GGAAGUCGUUAAUUUACGACUGAAUAUGCGUGUUAUGGCGACUGCCUACACAUUGUCCUGCUUCUUCAUACUUCUCUUGGGGCUUCUGCUGCUGCAGGUGCAGGGCCAUGCAAGGCGGCACACUUGUUUCUCUGCCAUAUUCAGCUUCGGCGACUCCCUGCAGGACACCGGCAACUUCGCCCACGCCUUCUUCAACACCACCGUCAGUCGGCCGCCGUGGGGGAAUACCUACUUCCACCGCCCCACCGGCCGCUUCUCUGAUGGCCGACUCAUCAUAGACUUUAUCGCGGAACGCGUUGGGCUGCCGUUGGUGCAGCCCUACCUCGCCGGAGGAGACUUCUCAAAAGGAGCAAACUUCGCCUUCGCCGGAGCGACGGCGUUGAGCCAGAACGAUUUGGGCAGGUUUGGGGUGCACACGACUGGGUGGUUGAGGAAGAACACCCUGCACGCCCAAAUUAGAUGGUUCCAGAAACUCCUCCAGUCCCAUUCCUCGUUUCAAGGUAAUAUUGAAUUAAUUAGAGAUUAAUUUCUGUAUGAGUUUUCUUUAGCUCGCAAUAUUGUUUUGUGUUGAAGAAGCUGCAACACAUCCUUCAAGUACGUAGUCGAUCCUCCUCCUCCUCGUUCCUCUUCCUUCAGUUCUUCAU